AUGCGUCUCGCGAUGUGGGUUUAUCUUGUGACAUUGGUCGCACUGCAAGUCAACGCAUCGUCCAUGGAAGACCCCAAAGCUGUCACACUUUCUAAAUCCGCCUUUGUGUCGCCGUCUCGCUCGCUAUCUGUCAAGGGUAACGCACAUGACAAUCGAUCGUUGCGUCAAGCUGACGACAAUAUCAACGAUGCCACGGAAUCAUCUGACGAAGAGCGAGAUGUGCAAAGUAUUGCCAAAAGCUAUCUUGUGCAGAAAGUAAGCAGCAUGUUGACCACUGCCAAAAACGCUGGAGUGGAUGCUGGAGUCAAAAUUCGUGCAGCACGUCAAAGGUUGGCCAAAAUCCUCACAGAAUUGUUGAAACGCAAGGCCAAGAUUACUGUACCAUCGUCACCCAAAACCGAUGUAGCACCAAUGUCGCCCAAUGCCAUUCCUCCUAAGGGCAAACACGGCGGUUCAUUUAAAGUGCAACCUCUACUAUUGAUGAAUAGUCCUGGCAAGACUGGUGGUACCCCAAAGCCAUCUAAUGUCAUAGUAUUGCCGUAUAAAGGUAACGCUGAUGAUGUGGCUAAGGUUAAAGCGAGUAAGGCAUCUUUAAUGCCUGAAGAAACUUUUGCGAGCGGAGUUGCCAGUGUACCCAAAACAGAAGUGGAUUUAUUGUCGAAAAGACCUAUAAAAAGGGUCACAUUUGCUUGA